UUUCACAGUGCAUGAAUACGCAGAGGAGAGGACAGGAGCGUCCUGGGACCCGGGAGGACUCGCACACUCUGGACUGGACCGACCGGACCCGGGCAGGCGGACAUGGAUGGACACAGCAGCGGCGGGUGCGCACGGCCGCGCGCCUCCGGGACGCACGGAGGCCAGAAGAAGGAGGAGAUCCCGGAGCGAGUGACUCUGAAGAAGGAGAUCGGGCUCCUCAGCGCCUGCACCAUCAUCAUAGGGAACAUCAUCGGCUCGGGGAUCUUCAUCUCUCCAAAGGGCGUCCUGGAGCACUCGGGCUCGGUGGGCCUGGCGCUGGUGGUGUGGUUACUGGGAGGAUGCAUCGCCGCCCUGGGCUCGCUGUGCUACGCAGAACUGGGCGUCACUAUCCCCAAGUCUGGAGGCGACUACUCCUACGUCACGGAGAUAUUCGGUGGUCUGAUGGGGUUCCUCCUGCUGUGGAGCGCCGUCAUCAUCAUGUACCCGACCACGCUGGCUGUCAUCGCCCUCACCUUCUCCAGCUACGUCCUGCAGCCCGUCUUCCCAGACUGCGUUCCUCCGUACAUGGCGACGCGGAUGCUCUCGGCCACCUGUCUCCUGCUGCUGACCUGGGUGAACUGCUCCAGCGUGCGAAUGGCCACCAGGAUCCAGGACGUCUUCACCGUGGGGAAGCUCAUGGCUCUGGGCCUCAUCAUUGUGGUCGGCCUGGUCCAGAUCUGCAAAGGGAACUACGAGGCUCUGGCGCCUUCGGUGGCCUUUUCCAUGGACCGGACGCCGACAGUCGGGCAGAUCGCUCUGGCCUUCCUUCAGGCCUCCUUCGCCUUCAGCGGCUGGAACUUCCUCAACUACGUCACAGAGGAGGUGGUUGAACCCAGACGGAAUCUACCUCGUGCCAUCUACAUUUCCAUUCCAUUGGUGACCUUUGUGUACACGCUCACCAACAUCGCCUACUUCUCCUCCAUGUCGCCCGAGGAGCUGCUGGCGUCCAAUGCCGUGGCUGUAACUUUCGGGGAGAAGCUUCUGGGAAUGUUCUCCGUCCUCAUGCCCAUCUCCGUGGCCCUGUCCACCUUCGGAGGAAUCAACGGUUACCUGUUCACCUCGUCCAGGUUGUGUUUCUCCGGGGCCAGAGAGGGUCACCUGCCGAGCCUGCUGGCCAUGAUCCACUAUAAGUACUGUACGCCCAUCCCCGCUCUGCUGGUCUGCUGCACUGCCACCAUUGUUAUUCUCUGCAUCGGAGAAACACACAACCUCAUCAACUACGUCUCCUUCAUCAACUACCUGUCGUACGGCGUCACGAUCGCAGGCCUGCUGUACUACCGCUGGAAGAAACCCAACCUCUACCGACCAAUCAAGGUGAACCUGCUGGUUCCCGUGUGUUACCUGAUAUUCUGGGCGUUGCUGCUGGGAUUCAGUCUUUACUCGGAGCCGGUGGUUUGUGGCGUCGGCCUCGUCAUCAUGCUGACCGGCGUGCCCGUCUACUUCCUGGGUGUUCACUGGAAAGAAAAACCAAAGUGUAUCUACAACUUCAUUGAGACGGCGACGUACGUGGGCCAGAGGUUGUGCUUCGUGGUCUUUCCUCAGAUCGACCCCAUCGAGAACGCCAUCCCCUCAGAAUGGACUGACCGCUCAUCAGGCAGGAGCAGUUUGUCUUAAAACUCUUUUCUGAAUAUAUGAAGAUGUUUCCAGUCCAGACACCUGCUCCUGCUCUGGGAUCUGCCGGUUUGACCUUUCACCUUCUGAGACUCUUUAUUUCCUCCAGUCGAGCAGAAACUCGUAAGCUCGGGCCGCCUGCACUUUUUUAUUUCUUUUCCUCUUUUUUUACUAAGUCGACAAACACAAAAAUCGAAUGCCGACAGAGCGACACUGUGAAAAUGACUUUUAUUCCCAUUUUGGAAGCAUUUGUUCCUUCUUGUGUAACACGACUGGACGGCGUGCGGCUACUUCCUCUGAAUGUUGCUGGUGUGUUAUUGUGCCUUUAGACCUUUUCACACCAUGUCCACACAGAUCCAGAGUCAGGAAUCUGAAUACAGUCAGAAAAUAUACGUCUGCAUCAGGUCUGGUACAAAAUAUUCAUAUGUUUCUAAACACCGUGAUAAGUUUGAUCUACAUUUUCUCUUCUGUGAUUCUGACGGAGGAACUAGAGGGACAUGAUCUUUUUCAGGAUAAUGUUUCUAAACGUUUGAUCAUUUUAUUUUCAUUUAUAGCUGCUUUCAAACUGACAUGUUCCUGAAAUGUUCAGGAGGAACAGACGUGUCUGAGUCAGUGUCUCUGGACAUGUUCUGGAUCUUCUCCUGCAG